AGUAUGUAUAUCAGACGCAAUUAAUUACAGCGCUGAUAGCGAAAUAGUAAGGUUAUGUAUUUCAGUCCCUUUAAAGUACCCAAGCUUUUAGUCAAAAGUAAAUGUAUUGUUUGAAAGUGUAAUUAAAGAAUAAAAUUUAAUUAUUAUAUAACAUUACUUUCAUAAUAUGUUGAUAGUAAUAUAAUAAUUAAUUAUACACAAUGAGAAUUACAAUUUUAAAACUUUAUAAAGAUUUACUACGUUAUGGUGAACAGUUAAAAUUUACAGAUAAGAAAUAUUAUCAAUAUCGAAUAAAGAAAGAAUUUAAACAAAAUAAAACGUUAACUGAAAAGGCAGACAUCGAUUUUCAAUUAAAGAAAGGAUUGACGUUACUGAAAUAUCGAAGAGUAGUGUAAUUUCAAAAGUACGACAAUUUAUUAAUACAAGGUGUGAUCAAAAUGAACAGACAUGCUAAUGCUAUAUUUUCAUAUGUACAAUCUAUUACGACUAAACGUUCAUUAUUUUACGCUAUAUUUCAAUACCUCCAUACAAAAAUUCUUCUUUUUCAUACACCUAUUUAUUCUCAUAAUGACAAGAAAAUGAAUAUUCAUCAUACGCAACAUAUAAGUUUCUACGAUCAAAUACGUUUCAAAUCCUUUAAACGUUACUUGGAUUAUUCUAAGGUACCAACCCUGAACGAGAAUGAACUGGAAGAAAACUUCGUAAGAGGAAGUGGUCCAGGUGGCCAAGCAACUAAUAAAACAAACAAUGCUGUAACUUUAAAACAUAAACCGACAGGAAUUGUUGUAAAAUGCCAUGAGACAAGAAGUUUAUGGACUAAUCAGAAACGUGCAAGAGAGAUAAUGAUUACCAAAUUAGAUAAUUUGUUAAAUGGUGAUCAAUCAAUCGAGAGUCAAGAACAAAAACUUAAAAAACAGAAUUUAAUAAAGAAAAAACAAAAGCAGAAAAAACUAGCAGAGUUAAAGAAAUCGUUUAAAGAACGCGAAGGAUUAGUAUGAUUUAAAAAAGAAAAUAUCAUUGAAAAUUCAUCUUUGUAUUUUUGAUUUGUUGUAGAGAAAACAUAAAUUAGAUUUUACUGUCAUUAAUAACAUAAAUUUUAAAUUGAUCCUCAGUUAAUGACUUACCUUAAUAUAAAACUAAAGUUAAAAUUAAAAUUAAAAAGAUUGGAAAAGAAGACAAACCUUUUAUUGAAAAAUUCGUAUCUUUAAUAAUAAUUUUUUUUGUAUAACUCACGAAAAACUUACAUAUUUCCACUUUGAAAUAAAAUAAUUAGGGUUUCUUCAUUUUUUUUUCCUCUGAGGAUUUACAAUGUUACCUUGAAUAAUGUGAAGCAUAAACAGAAUAUGAUUAUACAUAUUAUAAAGCUGUAAUAUGCAGUCUCGCGCACUUUAGGAAUUUCCUUUUUUUUAGUUACAUACAUUUCAGAAAUAUCGUUUACAUAAUACGUACAGUGAAAUACUUUUUUUGUAUCUGUUACAAAUAAUAUAAAUGAAAAAACCGCUGUGAGAGAGUGGAAAUGAGAUAAAAUACGGAUAGAAAAAGAAAAAAAAAAGAAACUCACAUUCAUUCUGAGAACAUCAAGACCGCAUUCGACGAAUGUACAAGUUUGACGAUACCGCGAGUAUCGUCAAGAGAUAUCAAGUAGGAUAUUAUAACUAAGAUUUUAUGUGUCAGUAAUGUUAAAUAUUAUAUACUACGUAGACGAAUAUAUUACACAUAAUUUACAUGGAUAAAUAAAAUUUCCAAAUUU